CGGAAGGUUACCUGCAUUGUACAACUUGUAGAGAAGGGUACACUGGCAACCUGUGUCAUCAUUGUGCCAAUGGUUACUAUAGAGACCAUGCAGCAGCUCCCUCAAAGUGCAUAAAAUGCCAAGGUUGCCAUGAUAUAACACCAGGACUGAUCUGUGAUCCAUUCACUGGAAAAUGUUUGAACUGUCAUUAUAAUACAACCGGAGAAAAAUGUGACAGGUGUUUGGACGGGUUCCAAGGUGAUCCAUUAAAACAUAUUCCAUGUACGCCUAUAUCUGAGAAAAACACGAGUCCGAAACCACCAGCUGCCGGCAUCAUUGCCGCCAUUGUCGUCGGUACGAUUGUUCUCCUGUCGGGAAUCGUUGGCUUUAUUGUGUACAAACGCAGCCAUAACUUCCCUAAAAACAAGCCAUUCUGGACGAUCGAGUUUAAAGAGGAUCAUGAUGAUGUGAAUUUCAGCGCCAUUCCGGAUGAUGAACUGGAACGCCAGCACGAUGACAUGCAAUUUUAUGAGUCUCAGUCAAAAGGAAAAAAUAAGUUGCCACCGUACUCACAGUUAAGAGAAGAUAUAUGAAAAAUGCAAGACAUGUGCCUUUCUUUUAGACUCAAGGUUGUGAAAAAUGCAUUUAGAAUAUAGAAAAAUAUCUAGUUUAGUCAGUUUAGAUUGUCAAGUGUAAGAAGAUAGAGUGGAUGAGGUUAAUCAGUCUUUGAAAUGAGACAAUAUAUGUAUUUUUUUCAUUUGUUGCAAUAUUAGAUAGAUACGUUGCACGAGUGAAUUCCGCCUACGCAUUAGCUUUUAAUUAGUGCUCAUUCCUUCCAACUACGCAAAACAUUCUAAUUUGUUGAAGACCUUAUAAAGGUCGUACUGACUGUAUGGCUUUUGGUCAUUGUUAAGUGUUGUUCUAGAUAGGAUGUUUUAACAAAUUUAGCUUCUUUUUUUUAUUUAAUGCAAUUGCAUAUAUGUAUAGAAUGUGCGUAACAAUCUCAUACAAGAAAAUUGCCAUAGAAACCAAUUUGUCAAAUUUAAAAGUGGGUUUUUGUAGGUGAACUUGUGUGUACUAAACUGCAGGUGCAAUAGUGAUCAAAUUCUGACAGUGGGAUUUUUUUUUCCAGUGUACUUGAUGGUUUUAUGUAUUUCAAACAUACAACCAUAUAUUUCCUUUAAUAAUAUUACUGCUAGACUCUGUAUUAUACAUUUUUUUAACCCAUUUAGUUUUAACAUGUAUGUAAUUUUUGUGUUCUUUGUUGCAAUUUAAGUAACCUUGCUUCAAAUAGAGCUAGUCCAGUAAAAUUUCUUUUUAUGUUUUUUUUUUUUUUUUACUGAAAUGGAGUGAGGGUUAUUAUCUGUUGAUCUGAUUUUUGUGAUUUUGAGAAAUGUCUAUUUGCAUAUUUACUGUUCAAGCUUAUUUUUAUCCAGUGACUACAGUAGUGAGAAUUGUUUUAAAAAUUAUUACCUAACCUUUUUAACUGCUGAAAUUGACUCACUUGUUCAUUACAUGCUUCAUUGUCAAAUUAGAUGUUUUAAUUAUGUAAGUGUGUGAUAGAUCAAUUUACCAUCUAAUGAAUCAAGGUUGUGUCCACUGUGCUAUGCCUUGUAAGUGAAAGAUUUUAUUAAGAGGGUCAGUAAAUGAUCUAUGCUUUUUUAAAUGUCAUUUGACUGUAUGUAUUUUAACACUGUUUCAUAUAAAAUUUAAUAUGUAUUUUAUUCUAUAUUCCUUUCAUUGGGUUCAUUGUCACAUCUAUAGCUUAUUAGCUUUGUAUCGAGAAAUACACACAAGUUCAGUAGUCGAGAUAAUUGGUUAGGAUGGCAGUAUUAAUAUGCAAUAGAACAAGUACAUUUUUCUUAGUGCAUAGCUAGCUCAAUAGGGAGAGCGCAAAUCUACGGAUCACAAGGUUGUGAGUUAUAUCCCCGGGCAAGGCAUAUGUUCUCCGUGACAGUGUGUUAGAAGACAUAUGUGUCAGAAGUAAUUUUGUCCUCCACUUCUGAUUUAUGUGGAGAAGUUGGCAGUUACUUGGAAAGAACAGGUUUGUACUGGUACAGAAACCAGAAACACUAGUUAGGUUAACUCCCCUCUGUUUCAUAACUGAAAUACUGUUGUACAACAGUGCUAAACCUAAAACAUACAAACUCAGUACAUAGCUGAUAAACUUUUUAUUACUACUCAUUAGUAAAUGAUAUAGAUUGGUUCUUUAGGAUGAAAAGAAUUGAAAAUAUCUAUGUUAAUGAAGUUUUUAACACAAAUACACAUAUCAAAAUGACUUAACACACCCAAAAUAAAUAUUGCUGUUCGAGAUUCCAUUGUAAGUUAUUGGAAGUUUGUAAGAAAAGAUAUCGGUUGUAUGAGUGCUGCUGAUUGCUUUAAAACUUCAGCGUACUGUUGAAAGUGUAAUUUAAAUACUUAAUAUGAUGGAAAGAACAAAAGUUGUUUUUUUUCUAAAUAUUGACAUUACUGUCACUUUGGGCUACGCUUUCACAUUUUUAUACUUUAAUCUCUUAAGUCUGCUAGAAAUCAAAAAUGUAAUAUUUCUCUGUAUUUUUAGAAACCAUUGUCUAUUAUACUACCUUUUUCCGCUUGAUUUUUCAAUAAAAAUAAUACCUUUAUUACCUCCAAUACUGAAGGGCAUGAACUAAUAAGCUUCAGCAGUUCUAGGCAUACAAAAAAUUAAUCCAAUAAAUUAAAUAUCUCUUUAACAGAUGUUUGUGACACUAGACUUGAUGUAAAUUCUGAGCAUUGGUUUUAUUUCAAGGGUGUAAGAUUCCCAACUGACAGCAUUAUAUAUGUGUAAUGAUUUUAAAGUUGUUUAAAAUGUGUGUCAUGUUUGAAUCCUCAUCUAAAAAACGAGGUCUUCAUUUUUUUUUGUAGUUCAUUUUUUAACUCAAAAUUUUAUAUAUAAAAAACCUGUACAUAGUAAAUAUGCAUGGUGUUGGAUAUAUUUUUUUUUUUUAUAACUGCAAAUGUUGAAGAACUUCUGUGACAUAACGUUUUGUGUCCUUAAGAUCUAACCAUGUAAACAUGGAAGUAAUUUGCAUAAAUGGCAGUCAGACAUCAAAUUUUAGUGCACAGUUUUAGUUCUGCCUUAAAAUUUACUGAUUACAGCUGUUACACUCUUAUUUAAUAACUUUUAUCUUUUUGUUUUAUUUUCUUGGAUUUUAGCUAAAUCCUAAGUGGUUUUAGGACAACUUGUGUUUGUAAAGAAUUUUAAUCACUAUCUAACCGUACUGUUGCAUGAUGGUAGGAGAUUACUAGCAGGGUCUGAACACUUGUUUUUGCUGUAUCUCUGUGUUUCCAGCAGGUAUAAAAGUUUUGAUUCCACAACUUGAGUAAAUGAUGUGAAACCAAAAUUUUUAGUCCUGUUUGGUGCUAUGUAAUAGGCACUGUAUUGGUGCACUGUAAAACUCAAAUCAACAUGAUUUUCAAAACAGUUUUAUGAUAAAAUAUUUACUUAAGGUAUUCGGUCCACAAAUAAGCAAGUUUUAUGUAACAUUGCUAUUAAAAUAUAUCAAAUAUUGGUGCCUGAUAAGCUCAUAUAUCUUGGUAUCAUUUGAAAGUGUAUUGUGUACUCAAAAAGAAUAUAUAAAUUACAUGACAAAAAUAUGUUACAGAAUUUUCAUUUUUUUACUUUAUAGUUUUCAAUGAUACUUCAACAGAAAUCCAGUUAUUACAGUGUAAGAUUUAUCAUUUCGCAGUCAAAAAACAUGACUGUAGUGAUUCAUGUGCUAUUAUGGUCUACUUAUUUACUAGUUCUUGUACAACAGACACAA